UUGUCAAACGUUAAACAAGAAUAAAUUACAAUACUAACACUUAACGUGUUAAGUGUUAGCUGUUUUUGAAAUAUAAAAAGUUUACGAUUAUUUAUAUGUUAUCUGUGAAUAUUUUAGAAUUUAUUAAACGUUGAAAUAAUGCAUCGUGUUACUAUAUUGUAGUAAAAACAUGGAAGAUUCUCCCUUAAAUUUGGCACAUAAACAACAUCGUAAAGCAGAAAAUCAUAUUCACUACAAAAGAUUUGACGAAGCAAUUGAAUGUCACAAGAAAGCAGCUAAAUAUCUAGAUCAAGCGUUACAAUUAACAACAGUUGAACGAGCUGUAGAAUCUAUGUCAUUGCAAAAAGCCUUUCAUGUCAAAGAACAAGCUGUAAUUUUACAGAAAAAACAACAGUACGAAAAUUUUAAAGCAACUCUAGAAAUGCAGCAGAAAAAAUUAGCUAAAGCAAAAUUGGCCUCCAAUUAUUUAUCUGGGAAAGAAGAUAAAAAUGGCUUAGAAGUAGAGAUUUUAAAAAAUAUUACUGAUGCUGAUAGUUUAUUAGAUUUAUUGUUGGUAAGAAGACAUGGUCAAAGUGACUCAGAUAGCACUCAAAGUGUUGAAGUUUGCGAUUGGGAUGAAAAAUCUGUCGAUGAAACUGAUUGUGGAACUGCUUCUAAUAUUGUUGGCACUAAAAAGCCCAAAGAUGAUAAAACAGUGAUAGAAGAACUGCGCACAUUAAAUAAGCAACUCCAUGACUUAAUUGAUAAAUUAUUACAUGAAUUACAUGCCAGAUCUAAUGAAACAGAUUUGUUAAAAGAACGAAUUCGAAUUCUUGAGCAAAAAGAACAACACAAUUUAGAGCAUAUUAAACAGACUGACAAUAAUCAAGUUGAUAAUAGUGUGACUGAUAAGGACAACGUACCAAAUGCUGUUAUUGAAUCACAAACCGAUAAUUUAAAAUUAAUGUCUGACUCUUCAAUUGGUGAUGUAAUGUCUCCAUAUGUGAUCAGCCCUUGCUCAGAAUUAAGUCCAGAAUUAGGAAAAAUGAGACAGUUGCCAACAUUAGCCCCAUUGGAAUUGCCAGAUUUUGACUUCAACAGUCUGAGGAGUGCCCCAAAAGAUGAUUGCAACAACGGCUACCAAUUACUCCCAAAAUGAAACAAAACAAUUAAGUGUUAAAUGGCGCAUAGCAAAUACCUAUUACUAACCAGGUAAUUACAAGUAUUUUAGAGGGUUAGUUAAAGGUACAAAGAUGGUCUCUUAGAUUUGGGAAUAGCGAUGCUAAAAUAUAUUUUAUUGCAGUUAUUGUCCCCAACAGAGAGUCACUUAACCCUUUUUCAUCACAAUAUGGUUUUUAUAUUUUUGUUGUAUAUUGCUAUUUAUAUGAAGCUAUUUUUGAUAAUCUGAUAUUUUAUCAUUCCAAUGUUAUGCAAAAUCUCCAGAAUUCCACUACCAGAAUUUUUUGUUUUAUAAUGAUCAAAUAAUAAAUAUAUUUUUAUUUCAAUA